AUGCCUUCCACAAUCCUCUCUGAAAACACCCCUGUGGCCAAGGCGCUGCUUGCCAUGGGCAUCAUCGGCUCCAUCGCCCUCAUCGCUGUCGCUCUCUGUGGCCUUAACUGGUUCCCUGGCCGCCCUGAGCGGAGGCAGAGACGAGCUGAACAUUCCUCCGGUGCGAGGAACACCAUCCGCAGUGCCCCGCUUGAUGCAGAUGGUUGGCAGGCGGCGCCAGACCUCGAAGCCGGCGCCGGGUUGAACGACGGGGGCAUCGAGCAGCCAAUCCAAGCUUACAUUGAGCGGCAGCGCGAUGAAGAGCUGCGCCGCCUGCGCGAGGAAGGGCUCAACGAGCUCGGCGAGGCCCCGCCGCCGUACAAAGUCGAGCCGGACGACCUGGGCCUCCCGUCUCCCCUUCCGCCCGCGAGGACAGCACCGGCCCGUGCGAGGAGCGACUUCCGCAAGCAGCGACGCCAAUCGGCCAACCCCGGCCCCAAGACCAGCACGGACCAAGCACCAACACCGCAACAUCCACCAACAACCGAUGGCCGCCGCCGUCGCUUCCGGACGAGCACCAACAUCCUGUGGUUCCCGUGGCGGCAGCAACUAACGACGACACGCCACUCAACCCUGAACAGGCCGCCCUCAUCUUCGCUCCCGCCGCUGCGCCUGCACUCGACGGUGAACGGCAUGGCUCCGCGGGAUUUGGGUGCGGCUUAA